AUGCGGGCCGCUUUGAUUCUCUCCUUCGUUGCAUCGGUCGUCGUGGCUAUCCCCAAUGCCUUAGAGGCAAGGGCACCCAGCCCCGACAACACCGUGUAUGUCACCGAUGCCAACAAGUUCUGUAUGAUCGUGCCACGGGAGCCUCAUACGAACAUUGGUGACAGCGAGCGACCAGGGGGGAUGAAGACUUACUGCUCGCCAGCUGGUCGCUAUGAUGCUAGCCAGGGCACUCUUCCCGGUAAUUUCUGGAGAAACGUCGAAUUCAAAACCGGGCGGGGACCCAAUGGCGGACGAUACGCUCAGCUGACUGGGUGCAUCAACGCCGGUGCGCUCGAUCGUCUGAAUCCGAGUGACGGUGGUGGCCAAUACGACUCCAGCGGUGGGGACGGCGGCCAAGGUAAUCCGCGAGGGAGCAAGUGCCUUGGGUACAAGCAUUAUGUUGAACUCGUCGAGCCAUCUGAUUCGCGUGCGUGUAUCAAAUGUUGCGAUGACUACAACGAUUGCCCCUUAGACAAAGAUACCUCUGGGUGCCCCGCAGUUAUCAAGGGCAACUAUUUCGGCUGCCGAUAA